GAUUGUUGAUAUAUAAAAGCGUCAAGCAUUUAUUUCUGACAUCUUGUGUGUUUGAUUCUUUCGAUAUUUAAUCUUUUUGACGCGAUAACAUUAGAUAAUGGACAACGUACAAAAUAAAACGGCGAUAGUCACGGGUGCCGGGUCCGGCAUUGGCUACUACAUUACCGAAGAUUUAUUGCAUAAAGGCGCGAAGAAAGUCGCCAUCAUCGAUUUACCGAUAGAACGUAGUUACAACGCGACGAUGACUUUGCAAGAAAAAUUUGGGAAAGAUCGCGUCAUCUUUUUUCCGCUUGAUCUGACAAACUUGGAAGUAUAUGGCGGAACCUUCAAGCAAAUUGUCAAAGAACUCAAUGGACUUGACAUACUUGUUAACAAUGCUGGAAUGUGUCAUGACCGUUACAUCGAACAAACGUUUUCUAUUAAUGUUAUAGCGUUAAUUCGCGGCUCAACGUUAGGAUUGGAUUACAUGGGGAAACAUAAAGGUGGCAAAGGAGGUACAAUAGUAAAUAUAGCGUCUAGAGCUGGUAUUGACCCUUUCAUUUUAUGUCCGGUAUAUAGUUCUUCUAAAUAUGCUGUCGUCGGGUUUGGUCUUUGUCUUGAGAAAUUUUAUGACAAAACAGGAGUUCGUAUUCUUACGAUAUGUCCUAGUUUCACAAUGACUGCAAUGACGCUUGAUGAGCACAAAUAUCUCGAUGUUAUUGAUCAAGAUAUUGUUAAUAAUGAGAAGACAGAUUCAAAUUUUCAUAAUCCUCAAUCUGCUGUGCAUGUGGCACAAUCUGUAGUCAUGGCAAUUCAAAAGGGUAAAAAUGGAUUAAUUUGGCUUAUUCAGAAUAAUGAGCCACCAUUAACGGUCAAAUUAUCGCCGUACAUUGCCUCUUAGGUAUGAAAUUCUUCAAGAUAGAAUAAAUCUGAAAUCUGAAAUGAUCCUUGUUAGGGAUUUGGUCUCGACAUCUUGAUAUUGACUGCAUCAAUUUUAUUCGAACUAGAAUCAUUUCAGAUUUUCAGAUUUUUUUCAAUCACACGUAUAAACCGUGACCCUAAAAAGUGCUAGC